GGAGCUUGGUGCUGGGGUGGGGUCCUUGCUGGCAAAGGCCCCAGGCAGACCCUUCCUCAUCUUCUCCCCCUAACCCCGGGGGAACCUCUAACCACAUUUUCCUCCUCCACACCCAUCUGACCAGGUCAGGCUCUGAGACUUCCCACCGUCCCCCUCACCCACUCAAAUACAUCUGCUCAGGCCCCACAGAGCUGGCAGGGGGGCUCAGCUUGGGGAGAGGGGAGACCUGGGUACAGAGGAAAAGGGCAGAGGCCAGAUGUGCUGGACAGAGGGUGCACGGACCCCUCAAGGCACUGGGGACUGGGAGAUGGUUGAGCCCAGGGUCAAAGCCAGGAUCCCUGUGGUUCCUGCCCAUCUCUGGGCCCCAGGCUCCCCUCCACUUCCUAAAGCAUGGCCUGUUCCUAGCUGCUUUGUGCCUGGGGACCCUUGGGCCAAGCUGUCCCUGAUGCUGUAAAGGGAGGGCUGGAUAUCCCCCCACCUAAGCCUGCUGAAGAGUGAGGCUGGAUGUGGGGGAGUGGAGAGUGGCUCCUGUCCAAGCCGCUCUUGCCACUGGGGCCGCCCCCUAAGCUGGCGGCAGGUCCCAGCCCUCCCUGUCCCCCUUGGGGUUGGCUGCUUUGGUGAGAGGCCAAGCAGGAGCAGAGAAUUCACUGCAAACCUUCAUCCUGGCCUGUCUGUGGGUCCUGCUAGCAGGGAGGUGAGAGGGAGGCCCCAACCAUCCUGGAUGGAGGGGUGCCUGGCCGUCACCACUCUGGGAGGAGGAGGGGAGCCUGGCCACACUGACUAUGAGAGUCCAGACCCCCACUGGGUCAGUAAGGGGAGGCCAGGAGUAGGUGGCGCUGGGGCGUGACGGGGCAGGGUGGGCAGGCCAGCGGCGGCCAAGGAGAUGCAGUUGAGGUUUUCCUCCUUUUCAGGGAAUGGGGGGGUGGGGCGGGGCCCCCCACCUUUCUGACAUCAGCGCUGCCUUGGUCCCUCCUCCCGAGCCGGGGAUGGUCGCAGGUGGUCUCCAGCGUGCCUCCCUUGGAGCCAGGACCUCGCCGAGCCCCCCCACACCUUGUCUCUCUUCCCUCCACGCAGCUCUCCUUACCCCUCCCUACUCUCCUGGGGAGCCCCCUCCCUCCCCAUGUCCCCACCCCCCACUGCACCCUGCGCACCAGUGUCAGUGUCUGCUGCUGAACAGACCCCAUGAGAGACCCUGCCGGCUGGGGGCAGGCUUGGGCGCCCUCUGGGAGGGGCUCAACUUUUCCGUAAAGCUUUCCUUGGCUACUGAUUGCGUGGGUGCCAGGUGUGGGGGGCCACAGGCUGCAUCAGAAACCUUGGGUGCCUCCCCCCCACCCUGGAAUAGGAGAGUGCUCCUGACACCCUCAGUGGGUUCGGAAAUGUCAUUCUACCUUGCAAUUUUUGCAGGAGGAAGAAAGUGGAGUUAAAAAUAAAAAAUCUGUCCUGGUGUGGUUGGUGAAGGAUGGGACCCUCGACCCUAGCUCUUCCAUUAUGGGGUGGAGACGAUGGCGAAGGGGCAGGGCGCUGAGUCCCUGGAACCUCAAAGCGCCAGCAGCUGCAUCUUCGUGUGCCCAGGGACCCUACAGAAGGUGCUGGAGCCCACCUCGACGCACGAGUCAGAGCACCAGUCCGGCGCGUGGUGCAAGGACCCGUUGCAGGCGGGUGACCGCAUCUACGUCAUGCCCUGGAUCCCCUACCGCACCGACACGCUCACCGAGUACGCCUCGUGGGAAGACUACGUGGCUGCGCGCCACACCACCACCUACCGCCUGCCCAACCGCGUGGAUGGCACAGGCUUCGUGGUCUACGACGGUGCCGUCUUCUACAACAAGGAGCGCACGCGCAACAUCGUCAAGUACGAUCUGCGCACGCGCAUCAAGAGCGGGGAGACGGUCAUCAACACGGCCAACUACCACGACACGUCGCCCUACCGCUGGGGGGGCAAGACCGACAUCGACCUGGCUGUGGACGAGAACGGGCUGUGGGUCAUCUACGCCACUGAGGGCAACAAUGGGCGGCUGGUGGUGAGCCAGCUCAACCCCUACACGCUGCGCUUCGAGGGCACGUGGGAGACGGGCUACGACAAGCGCUCGGCGUCCAACGCCUUCAUGGUGUGUGGGGUCCUCUACGUACUGCGCUCCGUGUACGUGGACGACGACAGUGAGGCGGCCGGCAACCGCGUGGACUACGCCUUCAACACCAAUGCCAACCGCGAGGAGCCAGUCAGCCUGGCCUUCCCCAACCCCUACCAGUUUGUGUCCUCCGUGGACUACAACCCCCGCGACAACCAGCUCUACGUCUGGAACAAUUACUUCGUGGUGCGCUACAGCCUGGAGUUCGGGCCGCCCGACCCCAGUGCUGGCCCAGCCACUUCUCCCCCGCUCAGCACGACCACCACAGCCCGGCCCACACCCCUCACCAGCACGGCUUCACCUGCAGCCACCACCCCACUUCGCCGGGCACCCCUCACCACGCACCCCGUGGGUGCCAUCAACCAACUGGGACCCGACUUGCCUCUGGCCACAGCUCCAGCCCCCAGCACCCGGCGGCCCCCGGCCCCCAACCUGCACGUGUCCCCAGAGCUCUUCUGUGAACCUCGAGAGGUGCGGCGGGUCCAGUGGCCGGCCACCCAGCAGGGCAUGCUGGUGGAGAGGCCCUGCCCCAAGGGGACUCGAGGAAUUGCCUCCUUCCAGUGUCUACCAGCUCUGGGGCUCUGGAACCCCCGGGGCCCUGACCUCAGCAACUGCACCUCCCCCUGGGUCAACCAGGUGGCCCAGAAGAUCAAGAGCGGGGAGAAUGCGGCCAACAUUGCCAGUGAGCUGGCCCGCCACACGCGGGGCUCCAUCUACGCGGGGGACGUGUCCUCCUCCGUGAAGCUCAUGGAGCAGUUGCUGGACAUUCUGGAUGCCCAGCUGCAGGCCCUGCGGCCCAUCGAACGCGAGUCGGCUGGCAAGAACUACAACAAGAUGCACAAGCGGGAGAGAACCUGCAAGGACUACAUCAAGGCUGUGGUGGAGACAGUGGACAACCUGCUACGGCCAGAGGCUCUCGAGUCCUGGAAGGACAUGAACGCCACGGAGCAGGUGCACACAGCCACCAUGCUCCUGGAUGUCCUAGAGGAGGGCGCCUUCCUGCUGGCCGACAACGUCAGGGAGCCCGCCCGCUUCCUGGCCGCCAAGCAGAAUGUGGUCCUGGAGGUCACAGUCCUCAACACAGAGGGCCAAGUGCAGGAGCUGGUGUUCCCCCAGGAGUACCCAAGCGAGAACUCCAUCCAGCUGUCGGCCAACACCAUCAAGCAGAACAGCCGAAACGGGGUGGUCAAGGUCGUCUUCAUUCUCUACAACAACCUGGGCCUCUUCCUGUCCACUGAGAAUGCCACGGUGAAGCUGGCGGGUGACGCGGGCGCGGGCAGCCCAGGGGGUGCCUCCCUGGUGGUGAACUCACAGGUCAUUGCAGCAUCCAUCAACAAGGAGUCCAGCCGCGUCUUCCUCAUGGACCCUGUCAUCUUCACCGUGGCCCACCUGGAGGCCAAGAACCACUUCAAUGCUAACUGCUCCUUCUGGAACUACUCGGAGCGUUCCAUGCUGGGCUACUGGUCGACCCAGGGUUGCCGCCUGGUGGAGUCCAACAAGACCCAUACCACGUGUGCCUGCAGCCACCUCACCAACUUUGCCGUGCUCAUGGCUCACCGCGAGAUCUACCAGGGCCGCAUCAAUGAGCUGCUGCUGUCGGUCAUCACCUGGGUGGGCAUCGUCAUCUCCCUGGUCUGCCUAGCCAUCUGUAUCUCCACCUUCUGCUUCCUGCGGGGGCUACAGACGGACCGCAACACCAUCCACAAGAACCUAUGCAUCAACCUCUUCCUGGCCGAGCUGCUCUUCCUGGUCGGGAUAGACAAGACUCAGUAUGAGGUUGCCUGCCCCAUCUUCGCUGGCUUGCUGCACUACUUCUUCCUGGCCGCCUUCUCCUGGCUCUGCCUGGAGGGCGUGCACCUCUACUUGCUGCUGGUGGAGGUGUUCGAGAGCGAGUACUCCCGCACCAAGUACUACUACCUGGGCGGCUACUGCUUCCCGGCCCUGGUGGUGGGCAUCGCGGCCGCCAUCGACUACCGCAGCUAUGGCACCGAGAAGGCCUGCUGGCUCCGAGUGGACAAUUACUUCAUCUGGAGCUUCAUCGGGCCCGUCUCCUUCGUUAUCGUGGUGAACCUGGUGUUCCUCAUGGUGACCCUGCACAAGAUGAUCCGGAGCUCGUCCGUGCUCAAGCCUGACUCCAGCCGCCUUGACAACAUUAAAUCCUGGGCCCUAGGGGCCAUCGCGCUGCUCUUCCUGCUGGGCCUCACCUGGGCCUUUGGCCUCCUCUUCAUCAACAAGGAGUCGGUGGUCAUGGCCUACCUCUUCACCACCUUCAACGCCUUCCAGGGCGUCUUCAUCUUUGUCUUUCACUGCGCCUUACAGAAGAAGGUGCACAAGGAGUACAGCAAGUGCCUGCGGCACUCCUACUGCUGCAUCCGCUCCCCACCGGGGGGCGCGCACGGCUCGCUCAAGACCUCAGCCAUGCGGAGCAACACCCGCUACUACACGGGGACCCAGAGCCGAAUCCGGAGGAUGUGGAAUGACACCGUGAGGAAACAGACGGAGUCCUCCUUCAUGGCAGGAGACAUCAACAGCACCCCCACCCUGAACCGAGGUACCAUGGGGAACCACCUGCUGACCAAUCCCGUGCUGCAGCCCCGUGGGGGCACCAGCCCCUACAACACCCUCAUUGCCGAGUCGGUGGGCUUCAAUCCCUCCUCGCCCCCAGUCUUCAACUCCCCAGGGAGCUACCGGGAACCCAAGCACCCCCUGGGCGGCCGGGAAGCCUGCGGCAUGGACACACUGCCACUCAACGGUAACUUCAACAACAGCUACUCCUUGCGAAGCGGGGAUUUCCCUCCAGGGGACGGGGCCCCCGAGCCGCCCCGAGGCCGGAAUCUGGCUGACGCUGCUGCCUUCGAGAAGAUGAUCAUCUCGGAGCUGGUGCACAACAACCUGCGUGGCAGCGGCAGCGGCGCCAAGGGCCCUCCGCCACCUGAGCCCCCUGUGCCGCCAGCGCCGGGGGGCAGUGGCGAGGAAGAGGCGGGUGGGCCCGGGGGUGCUGACCGGGCAGAGAUCGAACUUCUCUACAAAGCCCUGGAGGAGCCGCUGCUGCUGCCCCGGGCCCAGUCGGUGCUGUACCAGAGCGAUCUGGAUGAGUCAGAGAGCUGCACGGCGGAGGAUGGGGCCACCAGCCGGCCCCUCUCCUCCCCUCCGGGCCGGGACUCCCUCUAUGCCAGCGGGGCCAACCUGCGGGACUCGCCCUCCUACCCGGACAGCAGCCCCGAAGGGCCCAGUGAGGCCCUGCCCCCACCCCCACCUGCGCCCCCUGGCCCCCCUGAAAUCUACUACACCUCGCGCCCACCAGCCCUGGUGGCCCGGAACCCCCUGCAGGGCUACUAUCAGGUGCGGCGGCCCAGCCACGAGGGUUACCUGGCGGCCCCAGGUCUCGAGGGGCCAGGACCCGAUGGGGAUGGGCAGAUGCAGCUGGUCACCAGUCUCUGAGGGACCUCACGGACCAGGGGCUGGUGGCCCAGGCCAGGGAGGGAACCCUGGGCCGGGCUCUGGUGGGAGAGGGAGACUGAUGGAGGCAGUGGCUGGUGGGCCACUCUCUCCAGGCGCCCCUCAGCUGUGGGCCCUCCAGGCCCCUCGGGGACUCUGCCAUGGGGGCCUGAGGUGCAAGGUUCACAGACAGGGUUUCCCACCAGCCAUGCGCACCAGCUUGAUUUGGGGGAAGUAGAGUGAGGAGGAGCCAAGAGGUCCCCAGGGGAGUGAGGAAGGAGAAAUUGGAAGGGUGCAGCCCACUCUUAACUCCCCCUUCCCCCUACUCUUCCUACCCCCUGGAGGGAAAUGAGGGCUUUGGUUUCCCUGGGCCAAAGGCCCUGCUGGAUGGAACCUGUCAGCUGCUCCUCUCUGUAGCCAGAAAUGCUGCCAGCUGCACCCAGAGGGAGCAGUGGGAGCAGAAGGACAGAUGGACAGGUUCCUCCUGCACUAUAGCUCCCUGCUCUCUGGAGACUGUGGCCUCUGGCCUGGCAGAAAGCCCCAGGGUGAGCAGAAUGGGCAGUUGUGGCUGGUGGUUUAAAGGUGGAACAUUCUCUGAAGCUCCUUUCUUCUGCUCUUUGCCCUGCCUCCCCAGCAAGCCUGCCCCCUCAGCCCUCAAGUGCACCCAAUGACCCCCUCCCUUGGGGUGACUCCUGAUGAAGCACAACUCCCCGCAGGGCCCCCAGCCCACAGGGGUGGCCAUAUCUGGGUAGUUCCCAGUCCUGUGGGCUCGGCUAUCUGGGGAGCAGAUUUUGGGUCUGGAUCUCCCUGGGGAGUGGGUCCUGGGCUUGGAUCUUUCCCUAGGGGGCCCUCUUACCCCUUCCUCUCUCCUCCUCCUCCCCCAUUGCUGUAAAUAUUUCAACGAAAUGGAAAAGAAAAAAAAAAAGACAAAAAAAAAAAAAAAGAAAAUCUCAUCACUUGAAGCCACCGGGAGCCUGCGGCCCAGCCAGCCCGGGCUUUCUCCGGAGCAGAGCGGCGCCGCCGGGCCUGGCAGCCAGGACUUCUCCGUGUACAUGUGCAUCCCCAGCCGGGGUGGGCGGGCCACCAGAGCAGCUUUUUACAAUCCAGAGACGGAAAACAAAAUCUAGAAGCAACAGCGAAACAAAGAAAGAACCCGUUUCCUUCCCGGCACCCGUCUGUCGCCUCCUGCUCCUGGCAUCAGUGAGCCCUCCUGGGGCGUGUACCUCACUGCCUGCCCCAGGACCGGGACCUGUCCCCGUCCCCUCCCCACUGGCCCAGGGGAGGCACCCUCACACCCAAAGAUGCUUUUGCCAAGAUGGCUGUGCUGUCCCUUUGAGUUCCUGCUUCUUGUAUAUUGCUCCUGGGGACUCUGGGCUAGGGAUGAAGGGGCUGGUUUCCCACCUAGAGAGGUUGAUGGGGGAGGAGGAUGAGGGGGGCAGGGUUCAAUGGUGGUGGGUAUGACUGAGGAGAGGGGCUGGGAGUGGUGAGAUGGUCUUCUCUUGGGGCAGGAGAGCAAAGGUGAGAGACCACCUUCCCCACCCUACACCCUCCCACAAGGGAGGCAAAGCCAGAUACAGGCCUGCGGUCAAGACACCCACGUUCUGGGGGCUCCGCCCCAAACCUGCAGACCCUGGAGGCUCCAGGCUUGGGCAGUCUCCUGAGCACCUCCCCUGGGCCUCCCCACCCUCUCAGCCUGGCCUUCCCAGUACCCCCAGCUCUUUGGAGGUAGCACAGUCCCAUUGCCACACUAGCCCCGCCUGUCAUUGCCAUUUCCCAGGGCUGGGUCUGAGCCCUCCUUGUCUCUUCCGCUCUUUCCUCUUUUCUCACAAGUGCCAUGAGUUUCCAGACAUCUUCGGGUCUCAAGUCUGCUGCUGCCAUGAACUUCUUUGGGUUAAGGGAGAGGGGCUCUAGGGAGGAACUGGGGGAAAGGUAGGUGGCUGGAGGGACCCUUUUUGCUGCUAGAAAGUCCCUCCCUUCUCCUGGGGAGCUGGGGCUGGUUUGUCCCCAUCAGUUAGGGGAGAAGGGGUCAGACCAAAGAUGGUGGUUUGUCCUGCAUAGGGGGACAGGUGUGUGGAGAAGGCAGGGUUGGGUUCCAUCUCUGGUUUUUUCUGGUAGGAAGGUUUAACUCUUUCACCAGAAGACCACAGGUGAGUCAGGACAGGAAUGAGAAGUAAGCAUGGGGAUGGUCUUGCCCAGGCGGCUCUGUGAGGAGAGCAGGAGACAGCUCCGUGUGCUUCCUAGGCUUCGCUAGGCCAGAAGCUCCACUGUGGGGAGGGGCGGCCGGCAGGAGAUGAGAGGAGUUGGCCUGACCCAGGCAGGAGCCCAGCUAGAGCCGGAGGAGGCUGCCUCUGACACCAGCGAGAGGGCUGGCAGAAAGGGUUUGGGGGGGAGGAGUGGGAGAGUUCCCAAGGGACUGGAGGCAUGCAUGGAGCCCUGCUCCCUCUCCCCUGCCCAGCUCUCCUUUGAUCUCUCCAGACCUGACAAUCAAGGGGAGAGAGGGUCCCUUGGUUCCCAUUCCAGCCGGAAUCACUAAGGUGGAUUCCCAGGCCUCAGAGCUGCGUGGCAGGGUCACCUGGUGGGGCUGGACACCACUGCAGUCCCACACAAAGCCACCUUAAGAGCCCAGGUGUUCCCCACCCCAACCAGACCUGGUGCCUUGACACCCCCAACCCAGCUGGGCCGGUAUAGAGAAGGAAGGGUCUUGGUUUCCUCUCCUGUUCCCUUCCUUGGGCUCCUGAAUUCAUUUGCUUUUAAACCUGGUUAGUUCUUUUUCUCUGGGUUUGGUUUUGGUUUUGGUUUUGGUUUCCCUGGCCCUCCUUUCUCUCUGUGUCUCCACCUCCUUCCCUGUGUCUUCCUCGCCGUCUCUGUGUUCCUCUUCUCUCACCCUCGAUUUCUCUGUCCAUUCGGGCCUCCCCGCCCCCACUCCCCCAGUCCCUCCUUGGUCUCCUUUUCGAUAUGCCAAACCAAUUUUGGGUCGAGUGCAUUUAACGAGAACAAAACAAAAGGCUCAUAACAACAAGAACGUUUCAGAAAAAAAAAAGUUUAAAAAAAUUGUUGAGUCAAAAAAAUCAAUAAAGA